CUGAGGUCUGUAUUUAGACAUACGCAGAUCGGAAGUUUUGUCACUUUCUGGCCUGCUACAAAACAAACAAGAUGCAGCCUUUAGUACUUCUGUCUCUGAUCACUGGCUUUGUAAGCGCUCUUCCGGUUUCACCUGAUCUAAACGGACAAUGGAUGCUGUUUAAAUCGCUCUAUAACAAGACCUAUACACCGGAAGAUGAGCCCAGUAGGCGGCUUGUUUGGGAGGCAAAUGUAAGGUAUAUAGAAAAGCACAACCAUGAGGCAAGUCAAGGGCUGCAUACCUUCGUCUUGGGACAGAACAAAUUCGCUGACAUGACGGUUAAAGAAUUUUCUCGCCUGAUGAACGGUUAUAGAAUGUCAAACAAAUCCCGAGAAGGCACUGCAUAUCUACCGCCAUCUAACGUUAAGCUGCCAGAUACCAUGGACUGGCGUAAGGAGGGAUAUGUCACUCCGGUGAAAAACCAGGAACAAUGUGGUUCGUGUUGGGCCUUUUCCACGACAGGAUCAUUGGAAGGUCAACACUUUAAAAAGACGGGUCAACUGAUUUCUCUCUCAGAACAAAAUCUGGUGGACUGUUCCACAUCGGAAGGAAAUAUGGGGUGCAAUGGUGGACUAAUGGACCAGGCGUUUAAGUAUAUUAACAAAAAUAAUGGAAUUGAUAACGAAUUAUCAUACCCGUACGAGGCACUGGAUGAACCUUGUCGAUUCCGCGUGGCUGACGUCAGCGCGACAGAUACAGGUUACACGGACAUUAAUAAAGGUAGCGAAGACGAUCUGAAGUCGGCGUCAGCUACCGUCGGCCCUAUCUCCGUGGCCAUUGACGCUAGUCACUCUUCCUUCCAGCUAUACAAGAGCGGCGUGUAUUACGAGCCGGACUGCAGCACUGAGAGCCUGGAUCAUGGGGUACUGGUGGUCGGGUACGGAACUGAUAACAGUCAAGACUACUGGCUCGUGAAAAAUAGCUGGGGGGCGGACUGGGGGAUGGAAGGCUACCUAAUGAUGUCCAGAAACAGGGAUAACAAUUGUGGUAUAGCCACACAAGCCAGUUACCCUUUAGUGUGAAGGCACCGAUGAGCGAGAAGAAUAAGACACGAACGCCAUAUGUGCCAGGCAUACACAUUGAAUUUGUAAUGGAGGUAAUAAAAGUUGCUUAAAACUGAAAAAAGAAUAACAUUUAUGUAUUUUGUAUGAAGUCUUUUUAAAAUGUACACAAGUAAUUUUCGUUACAAUGUACUAAAAGCAAUUCGAAAUGAACAGCAAAUAAAUGCUGGCAGCUGGGUAACUUCCAUUCUGCUGUAAAAUUGAUAUUAUAGAUUAGUCUUUUCAGUUGUACGCUGAAAUUUACUGCUCAUCCCUUUGCAACCAUAUACCAAAAGUGUUUCUUUUUGAUGCCAUGUAAUUUUGCUGGACUAUGAUUUCAAGACCCAGCUCAACUCAGCUCGACUGUUGGGCCGUGUAUGCGAAAUACUGUAAACGCUCGUGUAUGCGAAAUGUCGACGCGACUCUAGUGGAGCUGCAUUCCAGCAAUUAAGGUAAAUAACGAUUGUGAACAGCUGAGUUGAGUUGAGUUGAGUUAAGCUAUUGUGUAUGGUGGUCUUAUAACGAAAAUGGUUAUCCGUGCGUGAGCUGUCGCAGAAUACGGGCUGAGAAAGGAACCUGCACGUCCUAAAAUGUGUAUCCCUUUGUUGUAAAAGGUCCCCUUGAGUGGAUACCUUAAAAUGGCGUCUCUCAUAUAAUACUGUACAUUCCUUUAUAUAACCAGGUGUAUUUACCCAGAUAUAGAGUCGAAUUGUAUGAACAAACCAGAUUCCCAAACUAUAACAAAAUACCAGUACACUGUAGGAGGCAUGACACAAGUGUAAUCAGAUAUUUAUACGACUUGUAUAGACCAGAAAUCGUAAUGAGUACUUGACGUUAUGAAAACUGAUUGGACGCCCCUUCCAAAUUUUCAAAUUUAUGCCCAAAAUAUUUUAUUGUGUGUACAGUUGAUGAGUUCUGCAUGUAUUACCAUUAAAGCGCAUUAGCUCGUGUCCUUAUCUCUUAUGUGUCGAUAUUUAAUUAUUGAGGAAUAUUUCCGAGCGCCUAUGUUAAUAUUGCUUGUAGUUUUGCUAAGGUCUUUAUAAAAGAACGAGACAACACGUGUGUGGACAGACUUGUGCUUGAAAACAAAAAACACAAUUCACUAUGUGCCUUGAUUGAAUGCGGUAUUCGAUUUCAGUUACAGUUUUGUAAGUUCAUGAAUUGUAUACAUUAAAAGCAACGUAAAUAACGAAAG